AUGCCGCCUGCAAACCAGGCCCCCGGACGUCCCGGAAAUCUCACUCCCGAGCAGGAGGCUAAGUUGAAGGAGUUCUGGCUUCUGAUCAUGAAGACCUUCGGCGUCCAGCCCCCUCCCUCGCUCCUCGAAUCCUCCGCCAUUUCGGCCACAGCUUCCAUCAAGUCUGCUAACGGCAGCACUGCUGUUUCCGAGACUGCGGAAUCCCACGACAAGAAGAAGAAAAGAUUCGGAGUAUUCCGAAAGAAGGACAAGGAGAGCAAGGAGAAAGAAAAGGAAAAAACAAACUCGUCGACAAUCAGCAGCCCCUCCAUCGCCAGUGCGACAACAACUGACGACAAUGAUAAAUACGGCCAAUCAAAGCAGUUCAAGACCGCUAUCGCCGAAAUGACGCCUGAGGAGCUGCGCGUCGCGUUCUGGAGUAUGGUCCAGGCCGAUCAUCCCGACGGCCUGCUUCUGCGAUUCCUACGCGCGCGCAAAUGGGAUGUCAAGAAGGCACUCGUCAUGAUGGUCUCCACCAUGCACUGGCGCUUGAAGGAAGUCGAUGUCCAGUCCAUUAUGUUCAAGGGUGAGGGUGCCGCGCUUGCGGAGCACGAUGAAGGCUUCCUGAAGCAGCUGCGGAUGGGCAAGUCCUAUCUUCAUGAAACAGACAAGGAAGGAAGACCCAUAUGUGUUGUGCGAGCUCGUCUUCACAAGCAAGGUGACCAAUCUGAGGAUGCGCUCAACAGAUAUACCAUUUACGUGAUAGAAACUGCCCGCAUGUGCUUGAAGGACCCCGUCGACACCGCGACCGUUAUCUUUGACCUCAGUGACUUUUCGCUCGCGAAUAUGGACUACGCUCCUGUCAAAUUCAUGAUCAAGUGCUUUGAAGCUCACUACCCCGAGAGUCUGGGUGUCUGCCUAGUCUACAAGGCCCCAUGGAUUUUCCAGGGUGUCUGGAACAUCAUCAAGGGCUGGCUCGACCCAGUUGUCGCGUCCAAGAUUCACUUUGUCCGUAACUCUGACCAACUAUCCGAAUUCAUCGACCGCGACAAAUUAUGGAAAGACCUCGGCGGCUCCGACCCGUGGGAGUACCAAUAUAUCGAACCCGUCAAAGGCGAGGACGACUUACUCCAGGACGUCGAGACGCGGGAGAAACUGCUUGAGGAGCGCGCGAAGAUUGUGAGAGAAUAUGAAGACGCGACCUGGACUUGGAUAUACUCGUCUUCCAGUGAGGCCCGGCAGGCGAGAUUUGACGUUGCAAAGCGUCUCAAACUGGACUACGUCGGCCUAGAUCCCUACCUGCGCGCUCGCACGGUUUACGACCGCAUCCACUACAUUGACUUGAAGCGCAGCACAGCCUAA